CUUUGGUGACAAAGUAUCCGCCAGUCAACUGUACAGGGCACCAAAAACUUGAAUAAACAAGCCGACCAAAAAAUUUAAAAAUUAGAAAAAGAACUUUGAACUGCAGCACGUGCAGCUGGCCUGUUAGGAGGAGGACUAUAAAAGACAACACUGCUCGACAUACCACAAUUUUAUUUUUGGAGUUGAAGUUGAGCGUGGACAUCAGGAAGCUGUCGAGAUAUAACAAGGUGAUCUUGCUCUUGUUACCACAACAGGUCAAAGGGCACAAUUUUACUACUGACUUACUCCUUCAGAGGAAAACCGUCAAUUACUUCACUGGAAGCUGCUGUUCAGCUAGAUUGCGGAAACAUCUGUUGUUCAAACCGGGACUCGGACACGGCGUGUUCUACCGUGCAAUAUGUACGAGGAAUGGCAGUGGUUCUGCGGUACUAACAACUCCGACCUUUCGGUCGACCUCUCGGCUGAAUGGAUCGGCAACACAUGCUUCAUCAACGGGCUGGCUGUGCUACCUCACCUAGCAUUCAUCAUCUUUUCUGCUCUGGCUUUGUUUCUGCUGGGCUUCUGCUGCAAGUACCGUGACCUUCCCAAGACGAACUACCUCCUGUGCUAUCCUGGGCACUCUGUGAAGUGGCUGGUGGGCAUUUUAUCUUUGGCCGUUUUAGCAGCAGCCAUUGGUGAGGGGGUUCUUACGGAUGAGACGUACCGAGUAUGGCAGUACUCGACCCGGCCCCACUACUACGUCCCCAGCGCUGCUGCAUUCGUGGCAAUGCUCAUGUCACUGGUUUACUACCAUCACAUGGAGAAAUGGCAGCUACCGGUCAUGUCUGUCCCGUUGCUGUGUUACUGGAUCUUGGCGCUGGUGGGAGAAGUGCUACGCCUUGUUAACCUGGGGCAGCAUAACAUUAUCGAUUUCACAGUGCUACGAUUCGAUGUGACGGUUCUCAUGGUGAUUGCGUACUUCAUCCUUCUUCUAAACGCGAUGAAUUUGAUCAGAAUAAAGGUGUUUCGCCCGAGCAAUAGAAAAAAGGUCUUCGAGGACCUACAGAACAGCAACAUGCGAUUCCUAAAUGAUUAUGUCAAUAUCGUGUCCAACGCAACUUUUUGGUGGAUGAACUGGAUAUUCAUAAAAGGCUACAAGAAACCCCUGGAACAAGAUGACCUCGGUGACAUUCCGGAACGACAUCGAGCUGAUUUCAACCACAGAAAGUUCAAAGCAGCAUUCGACAGAGAAAAGGCUCGGGCUGAUAAAAAGGGCACCAGACCAUCCAUGUUAAGGAUCUAUUUUGAUGCCUACGGAUCUGUUAUGCUGGCGACUGCGCUGCUUAAGGUGACAGCUGAUGUCUUAAAUCUUGUAGGUCCCUUGUGCAUCGGCGCUCUCACGUCCUAUGUUGUUACCCUCAGCUACCCAGUAGAUUCCGAGCUGCUUCCGCCUCAUUACGUGACUUUCGGCGAUUUCUUUGCCAAUGGCUUUGUCCUGAUUGUGACGAUGUUCGUGGUGUUGUCGAUGAGGGUGUGCAUUUUUAAUGCCCAUUUCAAACUCGCCUUUACGCUAAGUGCGGACGUCCGAGCAGCAAUCCAGAGGUAG